GGGGCUCGGCCAGCCAAGGCUGGGAGCGGGAACCGGCAGCGGGAAGCAGCCGCCGCCCGGGCAGCCCGAGGCUAGGCAGGGCGAAGCCAGGCGGGGCGGGGCUGAGCGCCAUGGGAAGGAGAGGCAGGGCUGCCUAGGGACUGAACGACCGACGGAGCCACUCUUGCAACGCCAGCCACGAUGGGGCUGGAGACUGAGAAGGCCGAUGUGCAGCUCUUCAUGGCUGAUGACGCCUACAGCCACCACAGUGGCGUCGACUACGCAGAUCCUGAGAAGUACGUUGACUCGAGUCAGGACCGGGAUCCUCACCAGCUCAACUCUCAUCUCAAGCUAGGCUUCGAGGAUCUGAUUGCAGAGCCUGAGACUACACACUCCUUUGACAAAGUGUGGAUCUGUAGCCAUGCCCUCUUUGAAAUCAGCAAAUAUGUGAUCUACAAGUUCCUGACCGUGUUUCUGGCCAUCCCCUUGGCCUUCAUCGCGGGUAUCCUGUUUGCUACCCUCAGCUGUCUGCACAUCUGGAUCCUAAUGCCUUUUGUGAAGACCUGCCUAAUGGUCUUGCCUUCCGUGCAGACAAUAUGGAAGAGUGUGACCGAUGUUGUCAUUGGCCCAUUGUGUACAAGUGUGGGACGCACCUUCUCAUCGGUCAGCAUGCAACUGAGUCACGACUGACCACUCAGACCCCGGGUCCAAACACUUGGAUACUGUACAAUUUUGUUGAUGUAACACAAACUCAUUACUGUUCUGUUCACUUCCCAACUGUCAUCAUUAUUCCUAAAAUGGAACCCAGAUUUAUCGAUGUUCACUGUUAGAUCUUUACAAAUAAUGAUUGUUCUCACUAAAAGCCAAGGAUCCUCUAUCUAAUUAUAUAAUGAGAAUUGGCAACACUCAAUGUAAGAACAGACAGCUUUUUGCUUUAGGAAAAAAACAUACAUUUGUAGUAAUGACUUGAUAAUGGUCAAAGGGCAACUUCCUCAGACAGUGUAAUUUUGUGCAUAACUGCUCAUAAGAAUAAGGAAUUUCUUAUUUUCUUUUCCUCUAGGAGUAAUGUUCUUAAAGCUACUUUUACAGAUAUGGUCUUAAGGCUAGCUUGAGGUAAUACAUUCCAACAUUCUAGAAACUUUGUGCAUUAACAAAAGGAUAUACUUAUGAUAAUAACUAUAGAAUAGUAAGACAGAUAAAUGUGAAAAUGUGUUCCUCUGUGAUUUUAUUAGCCUGCAAGCCUAUUUAACAAGAUGUUUUGUUUUUCUGUACAUUGUAUGCCUAAUGCAAGUGUUACUCUAAUGAAAUCGCUUUGGAGUAUGUUUUUCUUGUGUUUGCUAUCCUAUUGAUCUCAUUAUAUAAAGUAAGCAUAGCUACCAUAGGGUAACUUUCUUUGUAAGACUGUGAUGUGAGACAGUUGAUAGAUUCUUUGGAAUGCAGGGUAAAAUGUGUUGUCUAGGCGUCCUCUCGAACUUACCCAGCAAAUGUUUUAUGACUGGGCUUCAUCUGGCUGUGACCACAAGACAUGCAGUUGUUUUGUUUACUAGAAGUUUUCUCCCGAAUACUUAGAAACGUAUUCUGUAUUCUACAUUCCUAUGAACGCUUCGCUUACUUUCAAGUAAUUCUGGUGCUAGUGAAUAAUAUUUUUUAAUGAUAAAGGCUGUGUCUAACAUCUAAGCACUUUUUUUUUUUUUUACUACAAGUGGCUCAUGUAGAGAAACUUACAGGAGAAUUAACAACUGUGAGGGUUUAUAAAACUGAAUACAUGUGUAAAUUAAAAACUAACAGUUACACAUUUUCUAGAUGUUCUCUAGUAGGAAUCUUGAAACCCACAAAACAUUAUUUCCUUACUCAGUAUGGCCUCUUAAAAAUUGGUAUGUAAAAUCUUUCUACAUUAUAAUUACAUAAUAUUUCAAAUUUCAGAAUUAUCAAAACCUGAAUGAGCAUUUGCUUGAAUAUGCUCAUGGGUGUCAAAUCUUCACUGAGAGAAGAUAAAUAUUUUUUUUUAAUUUCUCAAUUCUGGUCAUUAUUAUAGGUCAUUGAACUGGCAUUCUAUUGCAGAUCAGAUCAAAAUAUCAUAUUAAGAGACUAAGUGAUAAAACUCGUAUCAAUUUGAUGGUAAUCCUAAAAGAAAUAUUUCAAAACAUCUUUAGGGUAUUAUACCAUCCUCAGUAAAAGAAGUCACAGCUUGGUAAUAGCCACAAAGCAUCGCCAUUAAUGUGACUAUGCAGAUUGUAUCACACUAGUUUCCAUGGUCAGUCUCAUGUUUUAUAUUAUUUUUGUAAUUUAAGUUUUAAAUGCCUGGAUAUAUUAAUUAGUCAAAACUUUAACAACAAAAUAUCAGUUUAAUAAAUUAUAAGCUUCAACCUUUUAAAAUAGUUCUGACAGAUUUUAAGACAAAUAUGUAUAAUUAUAUAUAUAAAAAUCUUUAAUUUCUAAUAUAUAUGAUUUUCUUUUUCUAAAUAGUAUUGAUUACUUUCAAGUGAACUUUUACUGAAACUUUUCAUGAAUUAUUUUGUUUCAAAAACUCAAACUAUGGAUAAAAGGAAUCAAAGUUAAAUAUGCAAAUAUGUUGGUUUGGGGGGGGGCGGGGUGGUUGGAAGUCAGAGGCAAAGAAAUUCCCUCAUUAUCCAUAAUAAACAUCUUUAAAA